CAGCUGGACGAUCACACAUCACUCUAGAGAAAAUAUCAAGUGAGCAAAGGGAACUAAUGAUCAGCAGAGCAGAACAACACAUACAAUAAUAAUGUCUUUACGUCAAAAGAACGUAGUCAUGUCGUCGACAACGCCAUUGAUCAUCGCCUUAGUAUUGCAGCAGCUGCUGCUGCUAAUGGCGCCGUCGGCUGUUGUUGGUGGGACCACGAUAGCCGGUUGCCCGGGCAACUGCGGCGGCGUGGGCAUCCCUUACCCGUUCGGCAUCGGCGCCGGCUGCUUCCGGCGAGGCUUCGAGAUCAUCUGCAAAAAUGAUGCGCCGUUCCUCGCCGGCAGCGGCGCCGAUCUCAUCCCGAUCAGCAAUCUCUCCUUCAACCCGCCGGAGGCCCGCGUGACGCUGCCCAUCGGGUGGCAGUGCUUCAACUCCUCCGACAAGGUGGACGUCUACCAUGACCCCAACGUGGAUUUCAACCGGGACGGUAUGUACCGCAUCUCACACACCCGCAACCACUUCGUCGUCCUCGGCUGCAACGCGCUGGCCUAUGUCGGGAGCCAGCACCGGCCCGGUGUCGUGGGCAGUGACGACUACGACCACGUCUCGUACACCGGCUGCCUGUGCUACUGCAACGAUUCCAGCAGCGCGGUGAGCGGCAACUGCGACGGCGUCGGCUGCUGCCAAGUAAACAUCCCGCCGGACAUCACGGACAACAUGGUGAGUUUCUAUUCCAGCUCCCAUAAGAGAAACCUCAACUUCAGCCCCUGCGACUACGCCUUCCUGGUGGAGAAGGACAACUACACCUUCAGCACCGCCGACCUGAGGAUGGACAAGAACCGGACCAUGCCGGUGAGGCUGGACUGGGCUAUCCGCGACAACCUUACGUGCAGCCAGGCGAGGAAGACGGCGGCGCAGGUCAGCGGCUACGCCUGCGUCAGCGACAACAGCGACUGUCAUGACUCGACCAACGGACCAGGAUACGUUUGUAAAUGCAAUAAGGGAUAUGAGGGCAAUCCCUAUAUCCCCAAUGGUUGCAUCGAUAUUGAUGAGUGUCAACUCCCGAACACUUGCUAUGGUCGCUGCCGGAACAAGCCGGGUUCCUUUGAAUGCUGGUGUCCCAAGGGUCAUUCCAGUGCUGAUCCAUUCAAGGAACGGUGCACCCCAAAUUUUCCUCUCCCUGCACAGAUCGUAGUAGGUGUGCUAGGUGGUCUUUUCAUCAUAGCAUUAUUGGUAUUCAUUGCACUUCUUCGUAGAGAGAAAAGAAAAACGAAAGAAUUUUUUGAAAAGAAUGGAGGCCCUAUAUUGGAAAAGGUCAAUAAUAUCAAGCUUUUCAAAAAGGAGGAUCUUAAGCCAAUAUUGAAAAAUGCCAAUGUCAUUGGAAAGGGUGGCUUCGGUGAGGUCUACAAGGGGCAUAUUGGAAAUAAUAAUCAGUUAGUUGCGGUGAAGAAGCCCAUUAAUGUUAAUUUAGCAAAAAAAGACCAAUUUGCAAAUGAAGUCAUCAUUCAAUCUCGAGUCAUUCACAAGAACAUUGUCAAGCUCAUUGGUUGUUGUCUAGAGGUUGAUAUCCCAAUUUUGGUCUAUGAGUUUGUCUCCAAAGGUAGCCUCGAAGACGUUCUCCAUGGCAGCAACAGACUGCCUCUCAAUUUGGAUCAACGGUUGCAGAUUGCUGCCGAAUCAGCAGAAGGUCUAGCUUAUAUGCAUUCAAAAACAAGCACUACGAUCCUGCAUGGUGAUGUAAAACCAGCUAAUAUACUUUUAAAUGAUGACCUUCUACCAAAGAUCUCCGACUUCGGUAUAUCAAGGUUGCUUGCCAUGGAUAAUGACCACACAAUGUCUGUCAUUGGUGAUAUGAGUUAUAUGGAUCCAGUGUAUUUUCAGACAGGUCUUCUAACCAACAAGAGCGAUGUUUAUAGUUUUGGAGUUGUUCUCUUGGAGCUCAUUACAAGGAAGAAGGCCUCACACUCCGACAAAAAUAGCUUACUUCGGAAUUUUCUUGAUGCUUACACAAGUGGGAAGACAGUGACGGAGUUUGUUGAUGAGGAAAUUGCAGCGGCAAAUGAUCAUGAGCUUCUUGUUAAUCUAGCAGGCAUGGUUGCGCAAUGUCUAAAUCUUGAGGUGGAUCAAAGACCAGAAAUGACAGAUAUAGCGGAGCGUCUUCACUACAUGGCUAAGAGAGCUCGUAGUAAUUAAAUAGAAUUAUUAUACAGAUCAUUUUCUGGAAUGUUCAUGCAUGUGCAAAACAACGUUACAUAUGGAACAUGAUUUGAAAUUAUCAUGUUCAACAUAUAUGUGGUUAUGGUAUAUUGUGUAUUAAAAUCAGAUCUUGUCAAGUAGCGUUAUCGAGGCUUAUGUUGUACUCUUGCACUACAUACACAUGUUUAUGCAUGG